UAAAUCGUUUAGAGAUAAUCAUGAAUUUCCACAUAAAACAUCGAUUUUCAAAGUACAGCAGACAUACUUCAUGAACACAUUUACCAAGAAUUGUUCCACCUCUGAAUCUAGAAUCUUAAUUAUUUGGAGAGAGGGAGAAAGAGGGAAAUACAGAGAUGGGAAAGUGGAUUCUUGGUCAAUUUAAUAUCUUUAUGAUAUUUUUGCUAUGUGUUUAUGUGUGUGAUUCGCAAGAACAAUCGUUGAAUACAUACACCAUUUCUACCUUUUCAUACGCUAGAACUGUGCUCAGACCUUAUGACUGGCGCUACAUUAGAGUUGAAUUGCCACCAUGGUUCUCGACAAUGUCUCUAGCCUUUGAGUCGGAUACGGACGUUGAUCUUCGUGGCAUAAACAACGGGAGCUCUGUGCCAAUGAUAUGCUUUCGAGAAGGGAGCCCUCCUAUACCUGAUGUUUACAACACUUCUUUAACGGGUUUAGUGUCGGAGUACAUAUCUAAUGGUUCUUUUGUUGCGUCGCAUAGUCUUCAAAAUUCUGAGAAGUGCUACCCGAUGCAAAAGAAUAUACGGCUGAGAGUUACAAAUGAACAGAUUACUCCAGGUAUGUGGUUUUUUGGACUAUUCAAUGGCAUUGGACCUGUGAGGACUCAGUCGAAAAUGAUUAAUCGAGGCUCGGGAUACUCUUUUAGUGGGAACAUUACCGUGGAAGGUUGCACGACGCCAACAAUGCGGGGCCAAUUCUGCAACCAAACCGUUAAUGUGCUUUCAUGUAGCGAGAGCUAUAAUUUAACCGGAACUGGUCUGGAAAAUGGAUCAUUUAAAGGUAUGAAUAAUAAUGCCAUUGCCUGCAGAAAUGCCAAUGGGAUUGUUUGUCACGAAGAAGGGCCGGAUAUCUACUCAUUGGACGUGAUGGGCAUGGUUAAAGAGAUAUCCAUUGCAGUCACCAAUCUGACACUCAACGAGACAAACCCUUCAAACACGUCAGGAAGCCUUUCCUUGAUGUGUUAUGCUAGACACGGCACAGUGCCACUCAAAACAGUUUAUGAUUUUUCCAUUGACAUAAGUAAGGCCCCUUUGGUUAUCGAUUUCCCAAAAGCAGGUCGGUGGUAUAUUACUGUUCAGGCAGUCGAUAACUCUAAUACAAGUGGGAUGGGUCACGGGCGUAGCUUCAAAACAUGCUAUUUGUUAGUAUGGCAAGUGAACCGUUGCCCUCUGGAUAGAGGUGGAUUAAAUUGCACAUUUGAGACUCACAAUCUUCAGACAGUUGUUAGGAGAGAUUCAUCUGUGCCUUUUGAGUCGAACUACAUUCCGAUAACUCAAGAGCCUUCAAACGAAUUUCCUCUAGAGCCAUUUCUAAGCAACUACUCGACUGGAGGAAAUGAUGAUGGAGUGUGGACCUAUUUCCUCCUCGACGUCCCUUAUGGUGCAACUGGUGGAAACAUCCACGUUCAUCUGAGUGCUGACUCGAAGAUCAAAUACGAGCUCUAUGCAAGAUAUGGAGGGUUGCCGUCUCUCAGUAAUUGGGAUUACUUUUACACAAACAGCACAAGCAACAGCAACGGGUCCAUGUUCUUCAAGCUGUAUGACUCGAGUGAGGAGACAAUUAACUUCUAUAUGUUGUACGCUAGAGGAGGAACUUGGAGCCUUGGGUUGAGACAACUAAAUCCGGCUGAUUCAAGUGGUAAAACCGGCAUCUCCUUAUCGCUCGAGAGGUGCCCACAGAAAUGCUCUUCUCAUGGGUUGUGUCAGUCCAGUCUAGAUACAACUCGACUUAUGCUGUACAGUUACUGUGCUUGUGAUAGGAACCAUGGAGGUUUUGACUGCAGUGUCGAACUUGUGUCUCAUCGAGGACACAUUAAACAGUCGAUUUUCCUUAUAGCAUCGAAUGCUGCAGCAAUACUUCCCGCCUAUUGGGCCCUCCGUAAUAAGGCAUUUGCAGAAUGGGUGCUUUACACGUCGAGUGGAAUCUCUAGUGCGUUGUAUCAUUCAUGUGAUGUCGGCACAUGGUGUGUACUGUCUUUUCGUGUCUUGCAGUUUCUUGACUUCUGGCUUUCUUUCAUGGCUGUCGUGAGCACUUUCGUAUACUUAGCUUCCAUUAGCGAAGUUUCAAAGAGGACGAUCCACACUAUUAUUGCAAUUGUAACAGCUCUCUUGGCUGAAACUGGACCAACAAGGUCUAAGAACAUCGGUUAUGUCAUUGGCCUAGGAACUCUCGGUCUUCUAGUUGGGUGGGCUCUCGAGUUCUUUGCUCGUAGACGGACAUUUUCGCUCUCCCCAGAUUUCCAUUUAAAUCUUCUUGCUAGAUGGGAAAUCAUCAAAGAAUGGUUUCGUAGCUUGAUCAAGACGCUCAUAAAACGUUUCCGCUGGGGAUUCGUCAUAGCAGGAUUUGCUGCAUUGGCAAUGGCUGCUGUCAGCUGGAAAAUGGAGAGCACUCAAAGCUACUGGAUUUGGCACAGUUUGUGGCACAUAUCUAUAUACUCGUCUUCCUUCCUCUUCCUCUGCUCGAAAGCAAAUACGACGACAUGUGAGAGAGAUGGACCGUUGGAUGGCAACUACGAGCUAACCAGACAAAAUUCAUUCAACAGAGAUGAACGAAGGAUUGAAAGAUAGACACAUUCUUUAUAUUUAUUCUCCUUUGCACCAUAGGUUAGAUAUUUAGGCAACACUGCUGUAUUUAUAUCUUAAAUGUAACAUAUAUAGUUAGCUAUUUUUUGUAAAAUUUGAAGAGAAUGGUUCAAUAUAAGAAUCUUUACUCAAACAGUGUUGCUUAUUUGUC